AAAAUAAAGUUAGCGAAGCCAAAAGCCCAAUCCGAUCUGAAGCACCCGCGUCCGCACUCAUUUCCGUCUGCAGUCUCCUCCGUCCUCCUUCAAGGGCUUUCCUUUCGCUUACAAUCGGCGCUCGCCGUCUCAAUUUCUCUUUGAAACUGUAUCAAUCAAUUCUUUUCAAACCCUAACUCCCCCAAUUGCACCUAUAUUUAUCAAUUUCUUAGCUUCCUAUUAUUUUCUUGUUCAAUUUCUUAGGGUUUCGUUUCGAAAUUGAAUAAUCUCCUUGGCUGCAUAGCUCGUGAAUUGAAUAAGUAACUGGUACUGUUUUCUGCUCUAUUGUUUGAAUUUCGUUUUGUUUUUGGAUCCGAGUCCGUUCGGACUUAGGGUUCGUAUUCAAUUUCUUCGAAUUUUGUGAUUUUUCAAUUCAAAUAUUGGGGAAGUGAUUGGUCUGAUUUUGUCGGGGUUUAGGGUUAGGGUUUAUAGCUGACUUGAAUUGGGAUAAGGUUUCCCUAUUCCGUGGUGCUUUAGAGCUUUGGAUAUAGAGAUUUAUGGCUGCUGGAAGACAUGGGGGUUAUCGUGAAAAUGAAUUCAGGGAACGAGAGUCCAGUUUUGAGUUGCCAAGGAAGGAUUUUGCUACGGCCAAGGAGGACUAUGAACGGAUUAGGAACGGAAAUCCUGAUGUUGAAAGGGGUCAAGUUAGGGAUUUGAGAGAUAAAAUUAGGGUUAGGCAGAAGGAUUCUAAGGAGGGGAAUGGUGCUAAUGGUGGGUAUCGCGCCUCUUCGAGUAGGAGUGAUUCAAGCAAUAGCAGUGGGCGGGUUGUGAGCCGUGGGCCCAAGCCUUGUGGGUUUUCUCUUAGGGCAUUGGACAGGGAACCUGGUGAAUUGUCGAGUGAGAGUGGAUCUGACGAUGCUAUUGAAUCUGCAGCGCAGAUCAAAGAAAAUAUAGUUCCAAAAGUGGUGGAGAAUGGAGCUCAGUCUCCGAAAGAGAGGAAAAGGAAGUUUUCGCCUAUUGUCUGGGAUAGAGAUGACCAAGGAGUGAGUAAUCCAUCAAAAAAUAGGAUUCCCACAGUGGCAGCAGCACUUCCUCCACAACCUCCAUUGUCUAGGGUACAAUAUCAGUCUCCCAAUGUUAUUUCAGAUAACAGCGUACAAAUAUCUUCAGCUAAAAUUGAUCAAGUCGAGAAUUUACAAUCUUCCUCACCAGUUAAGGCACCGGUGGGAUCUGGGUCUGUUAGCAAUGGUGUUUCUGAGUCUCCAUUGGGGAUAUCUUCACCAAAUCAGAAAUCGGGUGAUGAUCAUGGUGAUGACCAUGAAGCUGAGCAGCUAGGAGAUGAAGAAUGUGUUCCCACCCGGAAUAUAUCAUCUUCAAGAUGGGCAGCAGGAAAUAAUUCGCCUGGGGAUGAAGGUGAAAUUCUAGAGAACAAGGAAAUGCCUAAAAGGAGGAAGAAAAUACCUCUGGUAGGGUCAGUGGAAGAUAGAGUACAGAAUAAUUCAUUAACCCCCGAGUCAGGGGAGCUUAAGAGAGAUGAGUCUGAACGAGCAAGAGGGCAGUCAUCUGAAUCUGAUGAAGGAGAUGCCCAUGCAAGGUCUUCCAGUAGGGAUGUUUACCAAGAUAAUGAUUCAGAGAGGGAUGACUAUAUGGAUACUGACAAGGAUCUUGGUAAUAAUGAUUCUAGUGUUAGUCAGUCAGAAACAGAUUCAGAUGAUGACAAUCACUCUCGUGAGACAGCUGAACCUGCAGCCCCUCCACAAAGAAGCGUAAACAUGCUUCAGGGUUGUAGAAGUGUUGAUGAGUUUGAGAGACUAAACAAGAUAGAUGAAGGCACUUAUGGUGUUGUGUAUAGAGCUAUGGAUAAGAAAACUAAAGAAAUUGUGGCCUUGAAGAAGGUAAAGAUGGAGAAGGAAAGAGAAGGUUUUCCAUUGACUUCUCUUAGGGAAAUAAACAUUCUUCUUUCGCUUCAUCACCCAUCAAUUGUCGAUGUGAAGGAAGUGGUGGUGGGGAGUAACCUUGAUAGUAUUUUUAUGGUGAUGGAAUACAUGGAACAUGAUCUUAAAGCACUCAUGGAGACAAAGAAGCAGCCAUUCAGUCAGAGUGAAGUUAAAUGCCUUAUGCUCCAGUUAUUGGCAGGUGUGAAAUAUCUCCAUGAUAAUUGGGUGCUUCAUCGAGAUUUGAAGACAUCAAACUUGCUUAUGAAUAACCGGGGUGAGUUGAAAAUAUGUGACUUUGGGUUGGCUCGUCAGUAUGGGAGUCCUUUAAAACCAUAUACUCAUUUGGUGGUUACUCUUUGGUACAGGGCACCGGAACUUUUGUUGGGAGCGAAAGAAUAUUCAACAGCUAUCGAUAUGUGGUCACUUGGUUGUAUCAUGGCUGAACUAUUAUCAAAGGAGCCACUUUUCAAUGGGAAAACUGAAUUUGAUCAACUUGACAAGAUUUUUAAAAUCCUUGGCACACCAAAUGAGACAAUCUGGCCCGGCUAUUCCAAGCUUCCUGGAGUGAAGGUCAACUUUGUUAAGCACCCGUAUAAUCUUUUGCGCAAGAAGUUCCCAGCUACGGCAUUUACUGGAUCUCCAGUACUUUCUGAUGCUGGGUUUAAUUUGUUGAACAGGCUUCUAACUUAUGAUCCUGAGGAGAGAAUUACAGCUGGAGAUGCUCUGAAUCAUGAAUGGUUCCGUGAAGUUCCUCUUCCUACAACAAAGGAGUUCAUGCCUACCUUUCCUGCUCAACAUGCUCAGGACAGGCGCACGCGGAGAGUUUUAAAGAGUCCAGAUCCUUUGGAAGAGCAACGUAGAAAGGAGUUGCAGCAAGGGCAAAUAGGAACUGGUGGUGUGUUUGGCUAGUAGAAAUGAAUCAGGUGAUCAGCGCCCUAUUGGAUAUGGCUGAGGUGAGAGACAUGCUUUGAACGGAAGUUGCAAACAUUCUAUGUCAGACGAUCAUUUGUGCUGUUUUUUAGCAGGCAUUUCUUCAUGAUUUGGUUGGAGAAUGUAUUAUUGUAUGCCUUCCCUGUCAACCAAGAUUUGUUGCAGGUCAAGUUUGCCUUUCAUCUUUGGUCAUCAUAUGGGAAUGCAUCUGUGACAUUGCUUUCAUUGCAAGGUGUGGCAUAAUUGCCUUUUCUUUAAAGAGAAUCAGUUUCAACUGACACUUGUGUAUGUAACGUAUUUUCGUUGGUACAUUGUAAACAGCUCUCUUUUGCUUUUCAA